AUGCGGCUCCUGGCGCUGGCCGGCGGCGCUGCUGCGCGGGCUCCGGCCCCGGAGGUCUGUGAGGCCCUCAAUGUCACCGUGACCCCGGGGCCUGUGGUUGACUACCUGGAGGGGGAAAAUGCCACUCUCCUCUGCCACGUCUCCCAGAAGAGGCAGAGGGACAGCUUGCUGGCGGUGCGCUGGCUCUUCUCGCGCUCGGACUCCCAGGAGGCCCUGAUGGUUAAGAUGACCAAGCUCAGGGUGGUGCAGUACUACGGGAACUUCAGCCGCAGCGCCAGUCGGCGGAGGCUGCGCCUGCUGGAGGAGCGGCGGGGCGCGCUCUACAGGCUCUCCGUCUUGGCCCUCCGGCCGGCGGAUCAAGGACAUUAUGUCUGCAGAGUCCAGGAGAUCAGCAAGCACAGGAGUAAGUGGACGGCUUGGUCCAACGGCUCCUCCGCGACCGAAGUGAGAGUGAUUUCUCUCAAAGCUUCUGAAGAUUCAUCUUUUGAGAAAAAGAAGACGACUUGGGCAGUUUUUGAAGAUCUCUACGUGUACGCCGUCCUCGUGUGCUGCCUCGGCAUCCUCAGCAUCCUGCUCUUCCUGCUGGCCGUCGUCUGGCAGUCUGUGUUCAGCAAGAGGAAACCCAGAGUGAGACAUUAUUUGGUGAAAUGCCCUCAGAACAGCUCAGGGGAGACUGUCACCAGCGUGACCAGCCUGGCCCCACUGCAGCCCAAGAAAGGCAAGAGGCGGAAGGAGAAGGUUGAUGUCCCUCCUGCAGUCCCUGCCAAAGCUCCGGUGGCGCCUGCGUCCCACAGGCCGAAGCUGCUGAAACCGCAGAGGAAGGUCGCCCUGCCAAAGAUAGCCGAGGAAAACUUGACCUACGCUGAGUUGGAGCUGAUCAAACCCCACCAGGUGGCCAAAGGCCUCCCCACCAGCACGGUGUAUGCCCAGAUCCUCUUCGAGGAGCACAAGCUGUAACCUCACCUCCUCCUCUGUGGUUCUGUUGAACACUAGCCACCCAGGAUUUAUGGAACUUUGGAGACAAGGGCCUUAUUUUUGUGUUUUCACUUGUGCCUUUUGAGUGGUGGGGUGCCCCUUUCCAGGGGCAUCCCGGGUGCCUUCACCAAGAGGUACGAGGCUGUUCCCCACAAAGGAGCGGGGGCCACAGCCCUUGCACAAAUGUCCCCGGGCAAAGUGUUUCUGGGCCCGAGCCCUGCGGCACCAGGACUCUGAUUCUGAGGGCGCCCAAGGAGAUUUUCUGCUGAGCCAAAUCCCUUCACCUUUUCUUCUUCUUUCUGUGGGUUUUACCUUUUAAAUAUCUUCUCUAAAUCAUAAUUGUACUCUUCUGCCCUUCCUGCAUCUGUGGUAGAAGCUCGAAGUGUACAGCUAGAGCAAGCGUCGCUGCAGGCCCAGUGUGAGGGGCAGACACGUGGCGGCUGGUUUCCCAAGCACCAGCUAACAUUGCUAGGGCCCGGACCGCAGCAGACUGCCGGCCGCACACAGCCGCUCAGGGUGGGUGGCAUCUCUUGUUUUAAAUAGGUGCACUGACCCCGGAGAUGUAAGGACAGAGGCCAGAUUGUGGGGAAGCCCGAGGUCUGUCUCCGAAUGCCACGUGUGUGGCUGCCCACCGUGAUGUCCUGAGGCCUCAGGACAAGCAGAACACCCUUCUAGAGGGCUGCAUCCUUUCGGCAGUGUGGCCCCAUACUGAUGUAGACACAUUCUUCAAGAGUUCUUACUCUUUUCUAGAGGAGCAGAGGCCUUGGUCAGCCAUUGGCACCUGGAGCAGGUGGGUCCCUCACGGUGUGCGAGCUCAGGUAGCGCUAGCCGAAUGCCCGCUCUCUGAGAACCAAGGCUGCUGCCAGGCCCCCUCGGGGCAGGGGAGCGGGAAGUGCGAGCCGAGGUGGGGACAUGUCUUCUGGAGACUCUGCUCUUGCCCAGUGCCUUGCCCUUCACAGCCUUGGACGUGGGUCCUGGUGGGUUUGGGUGGGGCCGGGACACGUGUGGAAAGAGCUCUGUGGACCUGUAUGACACCCAUGAAUCGCACUCACUGGGGCUGGAUCCAUUCUGGAAGCGUCAUCCUGUCCCCCGUGUUGAUAAGGACAUUCCUUGACAUGUGAGUGUGUUCUGGGUGGCUGUUCACUGCACCCUAUAGAAACCGUUUGGCUAUGUAUUGGACCAUGUAUAUGCAACAAAUGAACUGUUUUAAACACA